GUUUGGAAAGUCCGUGUCCUCCUAAUGCUCUCGUAUGUUCUCCGAGGUUGUGUUGGUGUGUAGCUGUCUGUCUAACCAAAACAGUCUGAUUAAACACAGUUUUCGUUUCCAGCGCUCGUUCUUUUUAUGUUCGUGUAGUUUUCGGGAUCUUUGGAAAUGUCUUCGCCGAUUGAAAUGACGGAGUUGUACGAUAAUGCUCUGCUCGGCAUCUUACAGCAUGUUGGAAACAUACAGGAUUUUCUGCAGAUCUUCUUUGGUUUUCUGUACAGAAAGACGGACUUCUAUCGUCUGCUAACCAACCCCAAUGAGCGCAUGGGUUUCCCACCGGGAGUAGCAGAAAAAAUGGUGCUGAAGACUUUUAAGCUGUUUGAGAAGUUGGCAGCUCAUGACAGAGAGAGGGUGAUGCAGCUUGCUGAGGAAGCAAAAGCAGUGCCACCUGCAGUACAGGAGCUUGAGGUUCAGUCGCAGCCAGAAGAUGCAGCACCCGUAGAGGUCAAGCAGGAAUCCACACCUGCCGCAGCUUCGACCACAGAGCCGGCCACCGCUGCAGACACAGAGACUGAGAGAGAAGACAGCGUUCAGCAUGCAGAGGGUGAGCAGCCAACAGCAGCACCUGCAGCAGCAGCAGCAGCAGCCAGUUCGGACUCUAGUACAGCUGCACCCGGGCAGUCCAGUUUUCAGUCCAAUCCAGACAGCUACAACGGUGCUGUUAGGGAAAACUACAGCUGGUCACAGGAUUACACUGAUGUGGAAGUUCGAGUUUUCGUCCCACCCAGUAUUGUCAAAGGCAGACAGGUGUCUGUCGAUCUGCAGCCUAGCACAGUAUGUGUAGCAGUGAGGGAGGGAGCGUCAGAAAGAGUCUUGAUGGAAGGCGAAUUCACACACAAAAUCAACACUGAGAAUUCCUUGUGGAGUCUGGAGCCAGGACGCUGCGUAUUGCUCUCUCUCAGUAAAACUGGAGAAGUGUGGUGGAGCGCUGUGCUGAAAGGUGAGGAGGAGAUUGACGUGAACCAGAUCAACCGCGAGCGCACAAUGGCCACUGUGGAUGACGAGGAGCAUGCCGUGUUGGACCGGCUCACCUUUGACUACCAUCAGAAAUUGCAAGGAAAGCCUCAGAGCCAUGAGAUGAAAGUUCACGAAAUGCUGAAGAAGGGCUGGGAUGCGGAAGGAUCGCCGUUCAGAGGACAGCAGUUUGAUCCAUCCAUGUUUGAUAUACAGCCAAGCGCUGUCCAGUUUUGAGUUGUUGCAUGUUUGGCAGAUGCUGGAUUUUAAGUCUGUACUGAUAGAGUCUGAAGCAAGCACUGACAACUCAGCACAGACAGCACCGGCGCUAGCAGUUACAGGAGUUUACCGCUGCGUUGCAGACCUUACGAAAGCACUGCAAAAGUCCUCAUGCCUUGAAUUGUUACAGCUGUGGAUGAUUUUCUCAAACAUUUAGGUUACUGUACGGCAUGGGGAUCUGUUCAGCUCCGAUUCUCUUUCGUCCUGAUUUAUAAUUCAGUGAUUUUGCCACUGGUUGAUUUGGUCCUCAUUUAUAUGGUCCAUCUAUCCACUUACAAAAAAAGAAUUAUAUGGCCUCUGCAUUUGCCCCUUCAGUAAAAAGAUUUGAUUAAAGAAUUACAAACUACAUACUUACCUACUGAAUCAAUUAGUAGAAUUAUAUAUUAGAUAUGAAGGGGGGUAAAGGUGGAAGCAGAGGGUUUGUUAGCCAAAUUAAGACUGAUGUUUUAUGUGUAUUCUCUUACAUCCAGCACAUCUCCAUAUGUUUUGAGACAUUUUCAGGCAUUUUUCAUUCAUGAGUUUUGGUGACUGAUGGAUAUUCAAAGAAAUGAGUUUCAUUUUUGUUUUCAUGCAGGUUGUUUGAUUGUUACUUGUGCCUGAAUUGAAUAAAGUACAUUACAAAGAUUA